GCACAUUUGGGGAUGCUGAAAGGUUGCGGGGUUUUUUUUCACGUUUCCGCAGUGUCAUGAUUUCCGCUUCCCUCCUUCAAAAAAAAGAGAAAAGCAGCCCACAGCCGAGCGCCCCGCAGCCAUGGAGGAGCCGGCGGCCAACGCGGAGCCGCCGCCCGGGCUGCGCUCGCUGCUGCCGCCGCGGGAAUUCCUGUGCUCCCGUAAGGGGCGGCUGCUGCUCGCCGAGGCGGUGCUGUCAUUUAUCAUCUUUAUCUGCUAUAUUGCAUCUUCAGCUUCUGCAUUCAUGAUGGCACCACUCCUAGAAUUUCUGCUGGCACUGUUUCUUUUUUUUGCCUAUGCCUCUAAACUUAAUGAGAAGUUUAAAGGACUCUACUGGCCUUUGACAGAUUUCCUGCGCUGUGUCACUGCUGCUGUUAUUUACUUUGCCAUUUCAAUCGCUGCUGUCUCAAAAUACAGUGAUGGAGCAUCCAAAGCAGCCGGAGUGUUUGGAUUUAUAGCCACAAUAGUGUAUGCUAUCGAUUUCUACAUAACAUUCAAUGACCUGGUUACUUUUCUCAAGCAAGGCAGUUCUGAGUCCCCUGAAAGGCGCAAGUCAGAAGAUGAAGACUCCGAUUCUGACUCAGACUGAAAAAACAAACACCAGCCGAGUGUGAAGGGAAGAUAAUCAAGCACUUUCCUCUCUGCUGACUGCACUGCCAAUUGAAACAUCUCUCUUACUUCAGCCUCAAUAUCCUCUUUCCACUUCACUGUUUAUGGAAUCACCAAAGCAUAGGGCAGUGAUGUGGUGAAGGAGACCAUUCCCAAUACCAUUAAACACUCUUUCAGAAAUAAGGAUACGUAAUACAGAACUAAGGCUUCUACAGAUUUCAACCUCCUAGAGGUCUGCAUCCAAACAACCCUUUGUUGUUCAGCAUGCAGCGUGCCAAGUAAAUGGGAACACAGUAUUUUAAACUUAUAGCAGAGCUUUUAACAUGCUUUCUCAAUUCCAAGUCUUUAACACUUACUUCUUGCUUUAAUACUUCUUGCUGUGCCAAAGAGGCCCAGAAUGCCUCUAUUUCACUUAUAUUUUUCUUGAUUAACUAACAACAUUUAUCUCAAGUCUGAGCAUUCCACUAUCUCAACCACAUCAAGGCAUGGAUUAUAGUUGGUUUCAGUACAUCAGUAUCUGCUGCCUAAAUGUCGAUAACAAGUGACAACUGGAAAUGAGCAGCAAGCAUAAAUCUCGAAGUGUAACGGUGCCUCAUCAGACAUUAUCACUUUUUAAGCUGCCUGGAUGGGGUCACGUUCUCAUUUUCUGCAGUUUCACCUCAGAUAUGUGGUAGCACAGAAGUGGAAUCUUACCAGCCCCUUCCUACUGUUCUUGUGGAAGCCCUUGUACAUGUGCGUUUGCACAUACAGGUAAGGAAGGCUUCCCAAAACCACCCAGCUACACCAUGUGCCUAUGAGAGCUUGCACAUGUUUGCGUGCAAGGUAUCAUUGUCUGAUCUCAUGCUCUAUCUUGCCAACAUUGGUCUUCCAAUGAGAAACAGCGCUGUAGUUGCUCUACUGGGUCCACAAAACAGAUGAUUGUACCGGGAAAACUCAGGAUACCUGGACUUCCAGAGGGCAACUUCCUUCCCACUGUGAAGAGGUAAAAAAGCCAACCUCCAAAAUAAAGAAUGUCUGCACAAAAUCCAUGUCCUCAGCCCUCACCCUCGCCUCACAAGGACAAGAUUUACUUUAAUAUUUUUGGGAAAAACCUGAAUUUACAAGAACAUGUUUUCAUGGGUAGCACAACUUAACUUGCAAAUUGUGUGCCAACACGUAAGCAUGUAUCACUUGGAAACAGCAUGGCAUGCUUCUCAUAUAUGGCAUCAGGUAUGUUUCAAAGAAACCUGUAUACAUUAAAAUAAUUAAUACAGCAGAACAUGUUGCUUAAAAAAAAAUAAUUAAAGUGAGAGCAGAUGGUACUAACAAUAAAUGAAAAUAGAGCUAAAACAGCAAAAGCAGAUUUCAUUUGGAACAAAAUGACUGCUUGGGUUCCAAUUCCCUGCUGGCAGCUGGCUGCUAACAGGCAAAAGCACGGUACCUGACAGUGAGCUGGUGCUUGGGAAGGUGCUGGCCAGAUUUGGAGAUGUCUACCAGGCAGCUUCUACAACUCCUGUUCUCACACCACUGAGGGAAUAAAAGCAAACCAGAUGUUUGCUUCCAGAUGUGAUAAAUAAUCUUUGCUUUUCUGAAAAGAGCUCAUUGGACCUUUUCUUAUUUGAAAUCCUCUCUUUCCUCUCUGUUGUCAUGUUUUACUGACACUCACUGUGACAUCAGGAGAUCUGGGCUUUUUAUAUUCAAUUUAUUUGUAUUUUUAUAUUAUUUUUUUAAGUGUACUGCAUGCCACAGCCAGAAACUAGUACAUGGUUAAUAUUUAGAAACCAUGCUGGAUUAAAUCUCUUUAAUAGAAACACUGGGUGUCUUUACUUAAAUAUCUCAUCCUUGCCUCUGAACAGUGGGAAUAACACUAUUUCAGGCAACUCUGACACAAAGGACACUGUAUUCUGGAGAUGCAGAGGACAGCACUGGCAGCCAAUCACACAUGGUUACAUAUUUUGCAAGGAGAAUCUUCAUCCUUACUUAAGCAAAUAAUAAUAAAUAACCAAGCAUUUGUUUUAGCAUAUGUAGUAGGCAUCAGAUAUAUAGUGACCUCAUUUGGCAGAUAACAACACUGUAAAAUAAGAUUCCCCUUUGGAUUUACCCUUUAAAGACACACAGUCAGUAUAAAUGCUUGUUAAAUUUACCCAUCAGAAUAGUCAAAAUCAACAGGAAAAAGCAAUCUUGCUCACAACAAACAGAAGUUGCUUCAGGACUUCAUUAGGCAUGUGCUGAAUUGCCUGUUCAGACAAUGCAAGCACUUGAUGAUUUCAUUUAUUUCUAAGCAGUUAGCUCCCAGGGUCGAGUGGUUGCUUGAUUCCAGCCUUUUAAAUAAA